AACACUGGUCUGACAGUCAGUGAGUUUCUUUGUUCUCUACAGAUCCAUAAGUAAUAUAUCUGUCUUUGUUCUCUUCAUCUUCAGCAUCUGCAUCAUCUCAUUGCCUUCGCCAUGAAGACGCUGACUGUGUCUGCACUUGUUUGUGCCAUGAUUGCUCUGACUCGAGCUGCUGCUCUUCCAGAGGGAAUGCCGGAAAACGACCAAUCAGAGAGUGAUCUGGCGUAUUGUUCCGAGGGUUGGACUGAGAGCAGCGGUCGCUGUUUCCACUACAUUCCAACACCGAUGACGUGGGCUGAAGCUGAGGUAAUGCUGGUGGCUUUGAAAGAUUGUAUGCGGAUGACACUGUGAUUUCUGUGCAUGUUA